AUGCCUCAGCCAGAUGGUGCUCCCACACUGCGACGGGUGUUCAUCAACGUCAAGACGCCGAAAUCCGACGAGGAAAUUGUCAGGGCGUUCCUCAGGCAUGCAAAGCGUCCGGACGACGAGUACGAGAAAAAUGUCCACCUCAUCCACCAGGAUCCCGAGAGAAGAGGGAGCGAGGCCUGGUCGUUUCUGAUCCUCGACAUGAAUGUCCAUGACGUCCAGGGCUGCGACCUUCACGACAUCCAUUAUGAAAUCUACAAGGCGAGGUCUAACGAGCUCCAAGACGAGCUGUGA